AUGAUGCUUCGUCAUUCCGCGAUUGUGCACAUCCUAGUCGCUACACUUAUCAAUUCUCCGGUUAUCAAGGCUGUGCCUGUGACGGUUUCUGUUACCCCUCUUGAUGCAUUCAUGCCGCAGGAUUACCUUGACUUGUUCAAAGCGGGUGUUAAGCAUGUUGUACUCGCCGAGAACUUGCUCUCAGCGGAUGGUUUCAUUGAAUUCCCUGGCGAAUGGAUGACGGUGCCGCUCGCCAAGGAGAUACACAACUAUGCUGUUCAACACAAUGCCACCGUAUCCAUAGGCAUCGUGCCGCAGCCCUUCAUGAGCAAUAGCAGUAGGAGUCUACAAGAUUUUGUUUCGAACGUUCAAACUACUAUCAACAACUACUAUGUGGACGGGCUUCUCUUUCAAUUAUGGCUCAAGUCGAUUACACCACGCGGAAAAGAGUGGGAAGUGGUCAACAAUUUGACUUCUAUCACUCGUAGCAAGUUGAACUCGAGUAGAGGAAACGCGGCUACGGCUUCAAUCAUGUUCGGUAGCGAGUCCCUAUCAUCAAGCCUUUGGGAAGACUUAAGAGUUUAUCAGCCAUGGAAUUAUACUGAUAAAUACUACAGCGUCCUGUAUAGCAACUCAGUGGAUUUCAAAACUCAAAUAAGCAUCGAAUGGGCAGGCAACAUCACCGAGCGGCUCGCCAACAUGUCUGCGAAUAUCUCUGACUUGUCGCUCACUAUAAUCCCGGAAGGACACUGGAGUAAUCUCAGCGAUGUUAAGUCUUAUCGAGACUUGAUCGAUGACGGUGCGCCAGCAUCAGGCGAUGGAUACUUCGACGACUUCUACUACAACUCACAGAAGCAAAUCAAGGAAAAGGCCCAGCUUGUGAAGACGAGACGCCUAGAUGGCCUCACCAUAUUUUACCCUGUCCUCGAUCUGCCCGCUACUAAUGCAUCCUCUCUGCUGCAUGCAGCCGUUUCUGGAUAG